UCUCUCUCUCUCUCUCUCUCUCUCUCUCUCUCUCUCUCUCUCUCUCUCUCUCUCUCUCUCUCUCUCUCUCCACUUUGUUCCAACUAUCCUUGGGAAUGUCCUAUGGUUGCGGUUGGUAGUCUGAACGUGCACACAAGUAGAAGGCUCCUUUCUCUUCUUUAAUAUGAUGGACGAUCACCACUGACAGGCUGCAUGGCUGGCAGGACUUAUUGCUUCCUCUCUACGACAAGGCAAUAUGCCCUCUCUUUCAUAUCCACAUCCCUGGGGAAAGCUUGGAGAGGGGACUCCUUGUAUCAGGUAUGACUGCUGUUUCCCCCGAGCAAUUGUCCAGCGAAGAGAUCUGUACCGUGCCUCGUGAAGCAAGAACUCAGAGAAACCCUUCUUCUAUGCACCGAAGGACAUCUCUGUGAACUGCCGUCACACGUUCUUUGCGUUUCUGCCCACUUGCCCUGCAAGCGACUCGCUGGCAUGAUGAUAUGAGAUGUCGUCUUGGCUCCGGAUAUUGUUUGAGGCAGACAUUUGCAGUGGGUUGAGGGGUCCAUAGAAUGUAGCUCACUCACAGGCUGCCAUCUCUGCUCGAUGGAACAUCAGCAAGUGUGAAUAUCGGAGGAAGGAUUCUCUCUGCGUUGGCGUGCGUCCACAAUAAAGAAGAGAUGUUGGAGGGGGCGUGUAUGCAACAGCAUGCAUGUGAGUGGUGCUCCAUUGGACAUUCAGUCGGGAUUUGGUAAGAUGAAGGCAACAGGAAGGAAGAGGCGUGAGUUCUUUCAGCCUGAAGAAGCCUGAGGAUAAUGGAUGGAGCCGACACAAAAGCUGUCUGGGAUGAGAUGACCAUGUCUGGGAGGAGAUGACCAUGGUGUGAACCCGCUGCGAAAAAGGGUAUAGUCUCUGCUUCCGAUAGAAGUGCCGAGCACAAAGUCGUACACUAUCUAGUCUGCCGUCCUUGCCCGAGUUUCCUUCUUGGCGGGAGCAACAGCCUGGAGCCUGUUGGUUCGGUGCAUAUAGUCACGAUCUGCUGUGCGGUAUGGUUGGACCCUUUGCCGCCAACCUGUGGGAGUAAAUGUCUUGUCGAUGUGUCAGAGUCAACCGACCGUCCAAUCUGCCGAAAUGAUUUGCGAAUUUUGUUCACGUUACAUCUGUCGAUCCUUGUUGGUUGUAAUUGUAUGAACCCCAUCUUGCUUGGGGAGGAGGUAAGGCGAAAAUGGAUUUCGAUUUCGAUUCUCGAAUAGUCCACGGGGUGUGGAGAAUCAACUCUACUCCGGAAGGAGUGAGAGAUGAUAUGAUAUGAAGGAGUGAGAGAUGAUAUGAUAUGGAGGUGUUCCUCUUGACGAAAUGAAAUGCGUGGACUCGGUUAUAUUGGUAGCGGAGUGUGCGACCGUCGUCACACGUGCUUUCGUCGUAUGCAUGUGGAUGUUGUGGAAUAUGCAGUGGAUAUGGAAAAGGGGCAGAAAGGACGAGGUGUGUAAUUAUUGUAUGGCCACUAUUGCAGGGCUAGUCUAAGCAUCGUUUGCGCCUUUUAGCGUUCUUAUUGCUGUUUAUGCUGGUUGCAUUGUCGUUUAUCGGCUUUUGUCUGAUCGACAAGAAUGUCUCACUGGCAAGGAGUGCCGCAAGAGUGCCCACACAUCGGUUCCCCACUCGAAUCGACUCAGAUUUUGGCCUUCUGCACCGAGGGUCCCAGAAUCGUAGGGUCAGUCAGUCUCAGUUGGUUUGAAACUCUGCAGCCUUGCGCAUGGACACCGGCAGGGCAUUAGAAUGACCCACUGCUGGACACACACCCCCUUGGGAUGACGCAGGUUGAGAGGUUGACUUGACGAAGUCUGGAAGGCACGUACUGUUUUGUGAGUAAUGGGGAGUGGUGGCGAACAGAAUGGUAACUGGCACGGCGGCAACGGUGGCGGUAACGGUGGAGGAGGUAAUUGGAAUGGAGGCAAUGGAGGUGGCUUUGGAGGUGGUGGUAACGGCGGAGGCGGGGGUAACUGGAAUGGCGGCCAUAACGGCGGCGGGGGCAAUUGGAACGGAGGUAACGGCAAUGGUGGCGGAGGGGGUGGAAACGGAAAUGGUGGGAAUGGAGGAAAUUGGAAUAACGGGGGUCGAGGAAACUGGAACAACGGCGGGAACUGGAACAAUGGUGGUAGCAAUGGCAACGGUGGUGGAGGUGGUGGUGGGGACUGGAGAAGAUCGGCUAGAUGCUACAACUGCAACCAGAUGGGCCAUAUCAGCCGUGAGUGUAACGCUCCUCGGCAGAAUCAAGGCGGCGGGAAUUGGAACGACAGCGGUGGGGGAGCAAGUUGGAAUGGGAACAACGGUGGAGAAGGAUGGCAGCCUCAUCCUAACGAAGGAGCCAGCAGCUCUUCUUCCGCAGGUGUACCGGCGAAUGUCAUCGGCAUUAGCAAGGACCUGGAGGAAUCCUUGAAGGCUGUGUGUUUGUUCUCGAAAAGGCAGAUUGAGCUGGAGGAACGACGCGAGACCGAGAAACGUGAAUCAGAGGAACGUAGAAAACGUUUGGAGGAUGAAAGAUUAGCAAGAGAGGAGAAGAACCGUGCUGAACUUGAGAGGAAGAAGGCGAAGGAGAAGAAGGAGGCCGACAGGGAUUGGAAGUUGGAGAAACUGUUGGCUAAGCAGAAGGAGACUAUGAGGGAAGAAUUUGAAAUAAUGUUUGAUAAAAAGUUGCGCAAGGCAGUCGUGUCUGAGAAAGCAGUGAAAGGGAAGGCGCCGAUGGUGGAGUCGAGCUCUGAUGAGGAAGAAGACCUGCAGGAGGAACGCCUGGAGAAGCGCAAGAGGCAAUCAGCUCCAGUCUGCCAAGCAAGCCCUCCGACGGAGUCGCCGUCCAAGAUGGGGAGAGCGGCUAUGCCCGCUCCUCCCGUUACCCCAAGACCGGGGCCAUCCCCUCGGUUACGAGUCCCACAGAGGGGUGGACGAAGUGGGGAUGUACAGCUUGGUUAUCCAUACCAGGACUCUAGUCUCUGGGAGGGAGCACCGACGGCGGAUGAUUAUCUGACAACGAAUGCUUUCCGUAAAGCAAUCCGGAAGUAUCUCAGUAAGAAGCUGAAGCCGACCAUGGAAGAGAUGUGCAGGGAGGCGGGGAUUGUGUAUAGGGGAAGACCCGAUGCAGUGGACGAGGUAAUCGAGAUACGGGUGAUGUACUUCAGUAUUGAACCAACGCAACCAGCUGUACCAGUCCAGCCACGGGCGGUCACACCAAGACCACGAGGAGGUGGAAUCGUCAUUAGGGAAAUGCAUGAGGAACCCCGUGCACGAGAAUUACCUGCUCCGGGGUCAGAACCAGGGAGCAGUGACCAGCAGAUCGAUCGCCCAUUGGAGUGAACUAGGUAAGUACGUAGAGCUGCGAAGGCUA